GCGCAGAGGUUUGGGAGAGCUGCCUCGUGAGGGUCUUUGCGACUCGUAGCUGCGACCGCGGGGUGCGCUGGAGUGGGCUGGGCCGCGGCGCGAGUUCGGCUCGGUUUUCCUCCGCCCAGCCAAGCUGCGGGGAUCGCACGGUGCCUGGGUCUCCCGCCGCAGAGGAGCCGCUGGCCCGGGCCGGGGGAGCCGGCGCUGACCACCGCGUGCUGUCCCCGCAGGCAGCCGGCCCGCCGCCAUGGCCGACCACCUGAUGCUCGCCGAGGGCUACCGCCUGGUGCAGAGGCCGCCGUCCGCCGCGGCCGCCCUCGGCCCUCACGCACUCAGGACUCUACCGCCGUACGCGGGCCCAGGCCUGGACAGCGGGCUGAGGCCGCGGGGCCCUCCGCUGGGGCCUCUGCUGGGGCCGCCUCCGCCGCCCCCCCAACCCGGGGCCCUGGCGUACGGGGCCUUCGGGCAGCCGUCCGCCUUCCAGCCCUUUUCGGCCGUGCCUCCGCCGGCCGCGGGCAGCGCGCACCUGCAGCCUGUGGCAACGCUGUGCCCCCGCGCGGCCGCGCCCCCCAGCGCUCCGGGAGGCUCCUCGGGCCCGCAGCCAGCGUCCAGCGCCUCGGCCCCGCCGCCGCCCGCGCACGCCCUGGGCGGCAUGGACGCAGAACUCAUCGACGAGGAGGCGCUGACGUCGCUGGAGCUGGAGCUCGGGCUGCACCGCGUGCGCGAGCUGCCUGAGCUCUCCCUGGGCCAGAGCGAGUUCGACUGCUUCUGGGACUUGGGAUCCGCGCCGCCCGCCGGCUCCGUAAGCUGCUGAACGCAGCCGGGGCCCGACUGCCCGCCAGACACCCCACCCAGCGACUGCGCCCCGCGUGCGCUCUCCGCGACGGUGGAGGCGGCGGCUAUGUGCGCGGUGCCCAGCGCCGAGCUAGGACCCUGGCGUUCCUCCAGGUCCUGCCUGCUGCAGGAGGACAGUUUGGCUUCACUUCUCUGACCCCAGCCUCUGCCGUCCAGUGAAGGAGACUGGACCAGCUUCAGCUUUCGGGCUCCGGUUCUUGGAUCGUGUCCUCUACCCCUCGCCUCCGUCUCCCCUCAAUCUGAGCCAUUGCAGGCCUCUGCCUGCUGUCCCCUCUCUCCUGGGGAUCAGGUUCCCAGAGCCACCAUCUCCUGAGCUCCCACCCUGCUGCCUGGACCCUGCGGUUACUGGGCCUCCCACCUCAAGGAGGGGCAGUUUGUAGAGCCUGAACCCGUGGAGCAGUGCUCUAUGUGGACUCCAAAACCAAAAUAAAACUGGGUCACUUUACA